GCUGUUCUAAUACUUGCUGAAAUAUCAUUAAUUCAAUUUCACUUAAAUACUCUAGUAAUAACAGAUUUGCGUACAUACACUACUAUGAUGUUAAACCUAUAUGUAACUAUGAAAAUUGUAUUUCCGGCUUAUAUGAUAGUUUAUGUAUUUAUAAACUAUCAUCUUUAUACUGCAUCACAGUCGAUGUUUACAAGCUAUAAAUAGCUCGCGUUUGAUUUAGUGAUAAUUUCCUGUUGACGUAUAUGAGUAACUAUUUCAGAGCAUUAUCUGUUUUGCUACAUUUCGGACGAUAAAAGGUGAAAGUGAUAUUGGAUUUUAGAUAAGUGUGAACAAUUAAUGUUAUCAUGUGUAAACUUAUCUAGCAUAGUAUAACCUUUUUUAAGUAGAUCAACAUACUGAUUAUAGAAAAUAGGAAAUAACUUCACAUGUACGACGCAAUGUUUAAGUGACUCAGAUAACUGCCGUGUGUUGUUUUCCAAUACUUCUGCUUAGAUGUUCUAUUUAUAGACCCAUUUUACAGACUAGAUUAUUUCGUUGCCAUGGAAUAACGGAUGUUGAGAACAUAAGUGUAUCUGAGAAUAUUAUGCCGUCUCUAGCGGAGUCACGUCGCUCGCUGUUCAACGUUAAGUUGGCAUCAUGGGUCGUGCGGCUCAGCGCCAUCUUUUGCAUGGGAAUUGCCGCGGUUUCAUUGGCAUUCGACGACCUCAGACUCGUCACCAUAAUAUCGUUCGCCGUCGGUUGUGCAGCACUGACUCAACCUCUCUUGGCGUCAUGUUGUUAUAACCGAAUUCCCGAGAGUUUUACGCCUUGGAAACUGACGACCGGCAAGAUCAUUCUUUACAUCUGGCUGUUUUUCAUCAAUUGUGUCUUGGUCGCGUUUAUUGGCUAUGGCUUUUUCUAUCUCUUUGUCUUCGCCAUCCCCUACGCCGAGUACUUCUUCACUAAUUGGAUCGGUAUCCUCUUACUUUUUGUCUUCCUGAUCAGCAUCGUACUUACCGCGGUCAACAUCUACACAUUCUGUGUUCUACACAAGAGCGGCUGCUGUUUCAUGAACUCUCUAAACAGAGAUGUUUUGAACGUGGAUCCAGAGGCAACACCAGUGGCUAUUAUUAUGCCGACACAGACGGUGACAUUUGGCCGUAAACCGGAACUGGAUGGGGCUACUUCCUGUAGCGUGUACCCCGAGCCUCCGCCUCCUUACCAGGAGCAGUGUCCACCGUAUAUGGAGAACAAAACAUAAACGUGUUAGUAACAAUGUACAAACACGAAGGAAAAUGAAAUUGUUUUGUCAUCUUCGUUACAUGGCUCACCAUGGGAUCCAGUUGGCCACGGUCUUCGUCCGCGUCGUUAUCCGAAUCCAAAACAUCACAUUUUCAUUUCCGACAUGUAUACUUGAUUGUCAUGUAAAUUGUCAAAAACCAUAACUUUGUUCAGUCAACUUCAAGAACGUAAUUGUAAAUCCAAGCAGGCGAUAUAUUCAAUUUGCGGAAUGCGUAUUGUUUGUAUUUGUUGUUUUGUAGCCUUAAAGGUAUUGACAGUGCGAAUGUUAAAAUUGAAAACAGUAUCAUAAAUGCAAAGUAUUAUACGGACUCGAUAGCACGAUAUGGCAGUGUUUAACGCGACAUCCGUGUUUCAAUUUCAGCCGCUGUGUGUUUUUCAUCUUACACAAUUGACAGGUUAUUAUUAUAUUUUGUUAAAUAAGAAUGCAGUGCGUCGCAUCAAACCAUUUAAUUAAAAUAAUUAUUGAAACCCAGUAAUUUUUCAAUACUUAUUAGAUUCACAGAAUUUAUAUCGUCAAUGCGGAAAAUUUUGAAUAAGAUAUUUAUGAAUUUUUAAAUGAUUUUGAGCAAAUAUAUUGAAAAUAUGUAAGUCCACGUAAUUCUGGAUCACCCCUCGUCCGUCUUAACAAUCUGGAAGCUUUAUUUAUUGAUAUCAAUGUCUAGACUAAAUUGUAUGUAGCAUAUGGCUAUGGAAUUGCCGUUGUAUGUCCAACAUCUCGUGUAAGAAGCGAAUAAAAUCGUGAUCAUCGAUUCUCUCUUAGGUAUUGAAAUAGUACCAAACUACGUCUACAAUUCUUUAGCCAUAUCAUUGUUUAAGUGUCUCGGUCAUGUUUCGGCACCAAAAAAAAAACAACAGUUUUUCCCGGGAUGAAUCUGAAAAUUCUUAUAUCAUAGAUAUUCAGAUCUUUGAUACCGAAAUUGAAGAAAAAAUACACUUUAAAUAUAAAAAACAACCUGGUUAGAGUGGGAAGAAACCCACGCCAUUACAAUCGAGAAAAGAAAACGAAACUUUAACCACUCGUCCACAUGGACUCGUACUAAGCUGACGGAAAUUUAAACAUUUAUUGAACAAAUUGCUUGCAUUAACAAACCAAUCACGCUACAGCCUUUUGUCAAAUAGCGUUACUAAGGCUUUUGUAAAUUGUGGACUUCAAAUACACUAUUUGUCAAUGAGCAUAACGCUCCUAAUGGUUUGCCACACUUAAUUACGUAUAGAAAAACAAAAUCCGCAAGAAGUGCAUUUUAUUAACCAUGAACGAGUCCCUUUCAGUCAUUACCAUUAAAUGAAGAAAAUAAAUAAAGCAUCUCUCUCCCCCCCCCAUCCCCCCUCCUUCAAUAUAUAAACAUCGAUAUUGAGUACAGAACCGCCAUGUCGCGGCAAUCAAUCUAAUACCAUGCUGUGUAAUGGCUGUUAAAUAAUUUAAAGUAACACAUAUCGACCGAACUGUGAGAAGAUGCUUUUUGUUGUUGUUUGGUAAUGUGGACCCUAAACAGUCGGAUAAUUCAUUUAUAUUUGACUUUAACACAGUGUUGAAUGAUAUGAUGUAAUAGUAUUUCUCUGUUUGUUUACUUUUGUAAGUUCAAUAAACACUAAACACGA